AUGGCGGAGGCUGAGACGUUUGCAUUCCAGGCUGAGAUCAAUCAGUUGUUGAGUUUGAUCAUCAACACUUUCUAUAGCAACAAGGAGAUCUUCCUUCGUGAACUCAUCAGCAAUUCCUCUGAUGCUUUGGAUAAGAUUCGUUUUGAUAGCUUGACUGACAAGAGCAAGCUCGAUGCCCAACCCGAGCUUUUCAUUCACAUUAUUCCUGACAAGGCCAGCAAUACCCUCACCAUUAUUGAUAGUGGUAUUGGAAUGACCAAGUCUGACUUGGUGAACAACCUUGGUACUAUUGCAAGGUCUGGAACCAAGGAGUUUAUGGAAGCUGUAACUGCCGGUGCUGAUGUCAGCAUGAUCGGGCAGUUUGGUGUUGGGUUUUACUCUGCUUACUUGGUUGCUGAUAAGGUGAUUGUUACCUCCAAACACAAUGAUGACGAGCAGUAUGUGUGGGAGUCUCAGGCUGGUGGUUCAUUCACCGUCACCAGGGAUACCACCGGCGAGCCUCUUGGCAGAGGCACUAAGAUCACCCUCUACCUUAAGGAAGAUCAAUUGGAGUACCUUGAGGAGCGUCGUCUCAAGGAUUUGAUUAAGAAACAUUCGGAGUUUAUUAGCUAUCCAAUUUCCCUUUGGAUUGAGAAGACCACUGAGAAGGAGAUUUCUGACGAUGAGGAUGAAGAAGAUAAGAAGGAUGAGGAAGACAAAAAGGAAGAGGAAGGCAAUGUCGAGGAUGUCGACGAGGACAAGGAGGACAAGGAAGAGAAGAAAAAGAAGAAGAUCAAGGAGAUUUCACAUGAAUGGUCCUUGGUGAACAAGCAGAAGCCCAUCUGGAUGAGGAAGCCAGAGGAGAUCACUAAAGAGGAGUAUGGUGCAUUCUACAAGAGCCUUACUAAUGACUGGGAAGAGCACCUUGCAGUGAAGCACUUCUCAGUUGAAGGCCAGCUUGAGUUCAAGGCUGUCCUCUUUGUCCCUAAGAGGGCACCAUUUGACCUCUUUGACACCAAGAAAAAGCAAAACAACAUCAAGCUCUACGUCCGCCGUGUCUUCAUCAUGGACAACUGUGAGGAGUUGAUGCCUGAGUACUUGAGCUUUGUGAAGGGUAUAGUGGAUUCUGAGGAUCUUCCUCUCAAUAUUUCAAGAGAGAUGCUUCAGCAGAACAAGAUCCUCAAGGUUAUCCGCAAGAACUUGGUCAAGAAGUGCAUUGAGCUCUUCUUUGAGAUUGCUGAGAACAAGGAAGAUUAUGACAAAUUCUACGAGGCAUUCUCCAAGAAUUUGAAGCUUGGUAUUCACGAGGACUCUCAGAACAAAACCAAGAUUGCUGAGUUACUUCGCUACCACUCAACUAAGAGCGGUGAUGAGUUGACCAGCCUGAAGGACUACGUGACGAGGAUGAAGGAGGGCCAGAGCGACAUCUAUUACAUUACAGGAGAGAGCAAGAAGGCUGUUGAGAACUCCCCAUUCCUUGAGAAGCUGAAGAAGAAGGGGUACGAGGUUCUGUACAUGGUUGAUGCAAUUGAUGAAUAUGCCGUGGGACAAUUGAAGGAUUUCGAGGGAAAGAAAUUGGUGUCUGCAACUAAGGAAGGUCUUAAGAUUGACGAGACCGAAGACGAGAAGAAGAAGAAAGACGAGCUGAAGGAGAAGUUCGAGGGUCUGUGCAAGGUGAUCAAGGAUGUGCUUGGUGACAAGGUGGAGAAGGUCGUGGUGUCCGAUCGCGUGGUCGACUCUCCCUGCUGCUUGGUCACCGGAGAGUAUGGUUGGAGUGCAAACAUGGAAAGAAUCAUGAAGGCACAAGCACUGAGGGAUAACAGCAUGGCUGGGUAUAUGUCAAGCAAGAAGACGAUGGAGAUCAAUCCGGAGAACCCAAUCAUGGAGGAGCUGAGGAAGAGGGCUGAUGCCGACAGUAACGACAAAUCAGUGAAGGACCUAGUCCUCUUGCUCUUCGAGACUGCUCUCCUUACUUCUGGGUUCAGCUUGGAUGAUCCCAACACCUUCGGCAGCCGCAUCCACAGAAUGCUUAAAUUGGGGUUGAGCAUUGAUGAAGACAGUGCCGAAGCCGACACUGACAUGCCUCCUUUGGAAGAUGCUGCAGACGAUGCCGAGGGUAGCAAGAUGGAGGAGGUCGACUAA